UCGGGAGCUGCGGCCCGGGGAGGGGCCAGGAGCGGGGACGUGCCCGGUGCUGCCCAGUCUUUGUCUGCUGCCUCCGGAUGCACAGCGAUGGGGGAAUGGACCAUCUUGGAGAGGCUGCUGGAAGCCGCGGUGCAGCAGCACUCCACUAUGAUCGGGAGGAUCCUGUUGACUGUGGUGGUGAUCUUCCGGAUCCUAAUUGUGGCCAUUGUGGGGGAGACGGUGUACGAUGAUGAGCAGACUAUGUUUGUGUGUAACACCCUGCAGCCCGGCUGUAACCAGGCCUGCUAUGACCGCGCCUUCCCCAUCUCCCACAUACGUUACUGGGUCUUCCAGAUCAUCAUGGUGUGUACUCCCAGUCUCUGCUUCAUCACCUACUCUGUGCACCAGUCCGCCAAGCAGCGAGAACGCCGCUACUCUACUGUCUUCCUAGCCCUGGACAGAGACCCUUCUGAGUCCAUGGGAGGUCCUGGAGGAACUGUGGGUGGGAGCAGUGUGGGGGGCAAACGAGAAGAUAAGAAGUUGCAAAAUGCUAUUGUCAACGGGGUGCUGCAGAACACAGAAAACACCAGCAAGGAGAUGGAGCCAGAUUGUCUAGAGGUUAAAGAUCUGACUCCACACCCAUCAGGGCUGCGCACUGCAGCACGAUCCAAGCUCCGAAGGCAGGAGGGCAUCUCCCGCUUCUACAUUAUCCAAGUGGUGUUCCGAAAUGCCCUAGAGAUUGGGUUUCUGGUGGGCCAAUACUUUCUCUAUGGCUUCAGUGUCCCAGGGUUGUACGAGUGUGACCGCUACCCCUGCAUCAAAGAGGUGGAGUGCUACGUAUCCCGGCCCACCGAAAAGACUGUCUUUCUAGUGUUCAUGUUUGCUGUGAGUGGCAUCUGUGUUGUGCUCAACCUAGCUGAACUCAACCACCUGGGAUGGCGCAAAAUCAAGCUGGCAGUGCGAGGUGCCCAGGCCAAGAGGAAGUCAGUCUAUGAGAUCCGUAACAAGGACCUGCCCCGGGUCAGUGUUCCCAAUUUCGGCAGGACUCAGUCCAGUGACUCUGCCUAUGUGUGAAAAGGUAGAUUUUGGGAAGAAAUGGGGGUUGACAAG